UUUUUGUUGGGGAGCAGUCGUGCUCAGAAAAGGAGGAUUAGAUUCAGUACAGGUACAUCAAACGGUACUUCGUACAUUUGUUUCAUUGGGCUGUCUGGGAAAAGGGACACUUGCCAGUCCUCCAUACAUAAAUAAUGUCGUCAGAAAACCUGGACUUGGACACGCAGGUGGACUACGAAGACGAAAAACAGGACUCCCAGGAGAAGAAUGCUAACCCAGUGAAGGCAGAGGAGGCCAAGCUAAAGGCCAAGUACCCCAGUCUGGCUCAGAAACCUGGAGCCUCAGACUUGCUCAUGAAAAGACUACAGAAAGGGCAAAAGUACUUUGACUCUGGCGACUACAACAUGGCAAAGGCCAAGAUGAAGAACAAACAGCUUCCUGUUGCCGGCCCGGACAAGAACCUUGUGACCGGAGACCACAUUCCCACACCGCAGGACCUGCCUCCCAGGAAGCCCUCCUUGGUGACCAGCAAGUUAGCCGGCUAGCCUUUAUCAUCCCAGAAGCACCGUGAUCCCUGGGGCUCCUAUCAAAUGUACACCCACCCCCUCAUUUUCCUCAGCACUGUCCCUCCGUAUGUCCCACCUCUACCCUUUUCUCACUCAUCCCUUUUUAACCCCAGACGCCACUGGCUUUAACAUAUCGGGCAGAGUUGUAUAAGUUCAAACUCCAUUUUCCUGUCUGUGGGGGGAGGGGUGGGGUGGGUGGAUGGAUGGAUGGAUGGAUGAGUGGGUGGAUGGAUGGAUGAAUGUAUGAAUGGGUGGGUGGACGGAGCCUUCUCACCAUGCACAGCUCUGCCCCUCUGCACACUCCGCUCUAAUGCCUCCCUUAUGUCUUGGUUUUUGGUGUUAUCCAAGAUGCAUCACUAGGUGUGUGUCAUCAGGCAGGGGUUGGAUGGGAUGAGUUAAUGCACUUUGUAUUCUGUGUAGUAUGUUUUCUUUUGUUAUCUUUCACAUCCUAAAUGACACCAAAAUAAUGUGUGCAGGAGUUAGGAACCAUGAUUAUGUCAUGUUUUUGGAUCUUUCUGUUCCCUGUCUCUGCUGGUGGCUGGCUUUAGUGGGAGGAGGGGACUAAAAGAUGAGGUAGUAGGUUUGGGAAUAUUUGCUUGUGUACCAAAUGUGUAAGGGAUAGAUGUCCAGCCUCAGUUAGCCUAUAGAGGGAAAAGGAGGAGAGUGAACAGAGGCUUCCUUUCACUUAGGGCUGGGCAAUCUGGAUGAAAGUUCAGAUGACAGACUGUCUGAACGAGUCUGAUGACAGGUGGAAUCAGUCUGUGGUCACAGUCACAAUUGUGUUGAACAUUUUAGAAAAGGUAGAUAGGUAGUUCUAAUCAAACCGUCUUCUCUAUUUUCCCAUGGUUUCCAGAGGCCCAAGGCUGUAUGUAAUGGCCUUUUGCUGUUUAUUGGUCAAAAACUAUUUUGCGCAAUUUAGGAUUGACAUUCUUGCAAAACUUUCACAAUAUCUAUAAUCCUGAAAAAAUCAGCUCCCAGUUGAGGUAAACCCGAGUCCACGUUACCGUGACUACAUCUGUGAGACGGCAGUGUUUCCAUUAAUUUAUAGGACUGUGGCCGUAUUUGUCCAGACAGACUUUUAUACUAAACCAACAGUGUUUUUACACUGGAGUUGUGUUUGUGAGGUUCUGGUCCAGUUCUGAAAUCAGACAGAGUUACUUUGAUUAUUUAUUGUCUGAAGUCAUCUGUAAUUAUGUCUUUUCAGGUUAAAAUGGCUAAAACCGGACAGCGUUAGUGCAGACAGAAGCUAAAGCGAGACAGAGGUAGAUCUCAUGACAAAUUAAAUUGGUACUGAAUGUUGCAUUAAUUUUAGCGUAACAUUGAUUGGUUAAUCAUAUAUUUGACCUCCUACAGCAGGGGUGCCAAACAUACGGCCCAUGGGCCAAAACUGGGCCACCAAAUGGUCCAGUCCGGCCCGUUGGAUGAAUUUGUG